UUGUUUUUUAGCCAACUUGGUGAACCACCACCUCAAGAACUGGACUACAAACAACUGGGCGAGAAACUGAAAGUCUCUCGGAGUGUUUGGGAUCGUCUCUUCAAGUAUCAGAAAGAAGGUGUGGUAUGGCUCACAGGGUUACAUGAGGAGUACGUUGGUGGUAUCCUAGCAGACGAAAUGGGUCUUGGGAAGACAGUGCAGGUAGUAUCAGUGGAUUCGAUACAAAAAGAUAAUUUUCCUCUUUUCAAAGGUCUCGGACCGUCGUUAAUUAUGUGCCCAUCAACGCUACUUCGCCAGUGGCUUCAAGAGUUUCAUACCUGGAUGCCGCGCUGUAGGGUUAGUUGCAGGGUUCAUAGUAAUGAAAUGUUAGGUGGAUCAGUGCUUAUUACUACCUACUCAACUUUCCUGAAAUAUCAAGAGCACAUAUUACCGUGUGCAUGGCAUUAUGUCAUCCUGGACGAAGGACAUAAAAUACGCAACCCAACUAUAACAAAAGCUGUCAAGAAGUUUCAUACACCGUGUCGCCUAAUCCUCAGCGGUACACCGCUUCAAAAUUCACUAACAGAGAUAUGGUCACUGAUGGAUUUUGUUUACUCUGGAAGAUUGAACACGCUAGAUACGUUCAAUGAAAGAUUUGCCAUCCCGAUUACGCAGGGCGGUUACGCAAACGCAACAAAACAACAGCUCCUCACUGCUUAUAAAUGCGCAGUUGUUCUCCGCGACACAAUUAGCCCAUUUAUACUGCGUCGCAUGAAAAACCACGUGCAGAAGACACUCGUUUUACCUGACAAAAAUGAGAAGGUACUGUUCUGUGAAAUAACUGAAGACCAGCGACACCUAUAUCGGGAGUAUUUGGCUUCUCGUGAGUGUGCAGAUAUUUUCAGAGGACGAGGUGAUGCAUUUGCGGGCUUGAUUACUCUUCGAAAGCUAUGCAAUCAUCCGGACCUUUGCAGCAAUUCAACCAAGUUUGUCCUCUUUAAAAGCCUAAUUUUGAAAUCGAGCGAAAACGGUACUUGUUUUUACUUUCAGGAUCCAAGCGUUUUCGUUUUUUUGUUGUCUACAAGAGUCGGUGGAUUGGGGAUCAAUUUGACAGCUGCGAAUAAGGUGGUGAUCUUUGAUCCUGAUUGGAAUCCUUCCACCGAUACACAAGCCAAGGAGAGAGCAUAUCGCAUUGGACAGGAGCGAGCUGUAACGAUAUACAGGCUAAUGCUAGCUGGCACCAUAGAAGAAAAAAUUUAUCAUCGUUUCAGGCAAAUUUUCAAGGAAUUUCUCGCAAACCGUAUUUUGAAGAAUCCGAAGCAACGUCAAUUCUUCAAAACUAAUGAUCUCCAUGAUUUGUUCUCGCUCUCGGAAGUUAGCGUGAGUUGUAGCAGUUAUUCUCAUCUCAAAUCGUCAACACAUCAACGGGAAGCUUCGAUGUUCAGAAAAGUUGUCCGACCGAAACUGAAACUGACGAAAUUCGAAAAGAAAACUUUUUUGAUUCUCGAGAUCGAGAUAGAUCGAAAUCUUGAUCGCUUUCUCCUUACUUUCGUUUUCAUCAGAUUGUGA